GACGAUGAUGAGGACGACGAAGCAGAAGCAAACACACCACCACCCAAACACGAAACCGAGACAGCAGCAGACGACGAGCUUCAGAAAGCCAACCGCACGGUCUUCCUCGGGAACGUGUCGACUUCUGCUAUCAUAUCAAAGGUCGCUCGCAAAGCACUGCUCUCACACCUUGCCUCCUUCUUCACCGACCUGCCCGAGACGAAGAAGGGCGAUGCGAAGCCCAAAGUGGAAUCACUCCGUUUCCGCUCGACUCCGUUCGCCUCAGCCAUUCCUAAAAAGGCUGCUUUCGCCAAGAAGGAGCUCAUGGACGCCACGACCAAGUCGACCAACGCAUAUGCUGUCUACUCGACCCCGGCGCUCGCACGUGAAGCCUGCACGCGGCUCAACGGAACGUCAGUACUCGCACGCCACAUGCGUGUGGACUCAGUUGCCCAUCCCGCAAAGGUCGACAACCACCGCUGUAUCUUCAUUGGCAACCUCGGAUUCCCCGCCGACGUCGAAGAGGGCCUCUGGCGCACAUUCAGCAAAUGUGGAACCGUCGAAAGCGUUCGUGUGAUCCGUGAUAGCACCACACGAGUCGGCAAAGGAAUCGCAUACGUCCAAUUCACCGAUGAGAACGCGGUUGAGGCCGCCCUCCUCUACAACGAGAAGAAAUUUCCGCCCAUGCUGCCUCGCAAACUGCGUGUCACCCGUGCGAAAGCCAUCAAGAGGAACGCCAAACCCGGCUCCGGUCGUCCAACAACUAAAUCUCGCGCAACGGGCUAUCAACGCAAGUACACAAGCGAGGAAGCUUCGCAAAUGGGACGCACGAGCAAAUUGUUCGGACGUGCUGCGGCUGCACAGCAGGCCAAGUCUACGCCGAGACCGAAAGGUACGGCGGCUAAUAACACGCCG